CAAGAACCAUCUCUCUCUCAAAAACAUAAAAUUCAGAUUUUUUUUUUUUUUUUUUUUUCAGUGAGUGGUUGUUCGCCUGCCUCCUUACUGGCCCUCUCUUGGAGCUAAUUAAGAAUUAUUAAUCUUACAGAUAAUAUGUGGAAGAUAAAGUUUGGAGGGGACGCGAAGGAGCCAUACUUGUUCAGCACAAACAACUUCCAUGGAAGGCAGAUAUGGGAGUUUGAGGCAGAUGCAGGAACACCAGAAGAGAGAGCUCAAGUUGAAAACGCUCGCCACAAUUUCUACCGUAAUCGGUUCCAUGUCAAGGCCUGCAGUGACCUCCUCUGUCGCUUCCAGCUUCUGAGAGAGAACAGAUUCAACCAAAUGAUUCCUCAAGUAAAGGUUGAAGAUGGAGAUGAUUGGAAAAUUACAUACGAAACUGCAGAUGCCACACUGAGGAGGGCUAUAAACUUCUGGUCGGCCUUGCAAACUCCCCAUGGCCAUUGGCCUGCUCAUUGUACUGGUGCUAUGUUCACUCUUCCUCCCUUUGUGUUUUGUAUGUAUAUCACUGGGACUCUCCACACUGUAUUCAAUGAACAUCAUCAUAGGGAAAUGCUGUGGCAUAUGUACUGCCAUCAGAAUGAAGAUGGUGGGUGGGGAUUACACAUUGACGGCCCAAGUAUGAUGAUGUGUACGGUUCUCAAUUACCUGGCCAUGAGAAUACUUGGAGAAGGACCAGAUGGUGGGUUAGACAAUGCCUGUGCAAGAGCUAGAAAAUGGAUUCUUGAUCAUGGUGGUGCAAUGUUCUCUGGUUCUUGGGGGAAGACUUUGAUGGCUAUACUGGGGGUGUAUGAUUGGGCGGGUUGCAAUCCAAUGCCACCAGAGUUUUGGUUCCACCAAACUUUAGUUCCUUUGCAUCCAUCCAAGAUGCUCUGCUAUUCUCGUCUGACUUUCAUGCCCAUGUCAUAUUUGUAUGGUAAGAGGUUUGUUGGGCCCAUCACACCUCUUAUUCAACAACUGAGAGAAGAACUCUACAACCAACCUUUCCAUCAAAUUAAAUGGAGCAAAGGGCGCCAUUGUUGUGCAAAGGAAGAUAAUUACUACCCCCAUGGUACAUUACAACGCCUAAUGUGGGAUAGUUUUUACUAUGUGGCCGAGCCUCUUUUAAAUAGCAGGUUCUUCAAAAGCAUAAGAGAGAAUGCUGUGCAAAAAUUAAUAGACCAUAUUCAUUAUGAAGAUGAGAACAGUCGAUAUAUCUCAAUUGGAUGUGUAGAGAAGGCACUGAUGAUGCUUGCCUGCUGGGUGGAUGAUCCAAAUGGUGCAUAUUUUAAGAAGCACAUUCCACGGGUUGCUGAUUACUUAUGGGUUGCAGAAGAUGGAUUGAGUGCACAAGGUCUUGGUAGUCAGACAUGGGAUGCUAGUUUUUCCACUCAAGCUCUGCUUGCUGCCAAUAUGAGUAACGAACUUGGACCUGUACUGAAGAAAGCACAUGAGUUCUUAAAGUUAUCUCAGGUGAGGGUGAAUCCUUCCGGUGACUACUUUUCUCAUUUUCGCCACAUUUCUAAGGGAGCAUGGACUUUUUCUGAUAGAGAUAACGGAUGGCAAGUUUCUGAUUGUACUGCAGAAGCUCUCAAGUGUUGCUUGCUGUUCAGAACCAUGUCGCCGGGACUUGUAGGAAAGCCAAUUGAACCGGAGCGUUUAUAUGAUGCAGUUAAUGUCAUACUUACACUACAGGCUAAAAAUGGAGGUGUAUCAGCUUGGGAACCAACAGGAGCUCCAGGAUGGUUGGAGUGGCUGAAUCCUAUCGAAUUCUUCGAGGACGUUGUCAUUGAAUACGAGUACGUAGAGUGCACUUCCUCAUCAAUUCAGGCCAUAGUUCUGUUUAAGAAGCUAUUCCCUGGGCAUAGGACAAAAGAAAUUGAUAAUUUCAUCAUCAAGGCCGUAAAAUACAUUGAAGACAAACAAAUGCCAGAUGGCUCAUGGUAUGGGAAUUGGGGAAUUUGCUUUUUGUAUGGGACCUGGUUUGCAAUUAAAGGGUUGGAGGCAGCAGGGAAGAGCUACGACAACAGUGAGGCUGUGAGAAGAGGUGUUGAAUUUUUACUUAACACACAGAGAAAGGAUGGUGGCUGGGCUGAGAGCUACAAGUCAUGCACUAACAAGGUAUAUACACCAUUUGAAGGAGACCACUCAAAUCUGGUGCAAACUGCAUUAGGAUUGAUGGGUUUAAUCCAUGCUCGACAGUGUGAUAGAGAUCCAACUCCUAUUCAUCGAGCUGCAAAGCUUUUGAUAAAUUCCCAAUUGGAAACUGGAGAUUUCCCACAACAGGAACUAAUGGGUGUAUUCUUUAAGAACUGCAUGCAAAACUAUGCAGCUUACAGGAACAUUUUUCCGCUCUGGGCCCUCGCUGAAUACAAGAAUUUGGUUCUAUUUCCUUCUAUGUAGUUGGUAACUAGUCAACAGAAUAAUUGAAAGCUCAGGUCAUUAACGGCCAGUGGCACAAUGUAUAUGAAGCAGUAAUAUGUAUAUCAUGCUAUGUCCACAUUCCUCCUUCUUUAGAGUGUGUUGAACCUAGAUAUUUAUAAUUUUAAACUAUGAUAUCAUGUUAAGUAUCUAUUGUUCUCAAAAGGUUAAGCUGUCAUGAAGUGGGUUUAAUAAUAUCUAUAGAUCUAUAUAUAGAUCAAGCUAUGUUAACAACAAGCAGUUCUUCUAAUUAGAGCAAAUAUAUUUUGUUCCUUGUGCUCUUGUUAU